AUGUCUACUAUAUCCACCAGUGCUAUUCAAAACCUCGAUGAGGUUUCCAGAAAGGAAAUCAUGCAAUUUGUUGAAGCUGAACAAUCCAAAUCCAAGGUUCAACUGUCUAUUCAUAAUUUCACUGAUAUGUGUUUCAAAAAGUGCAACAAGGAUAAACCAAUCACCAGUGGUAGUUUAGAUGGUCAAGAAGAAGCUUGUCUUAGAAACUGUUUGAACAGAUUUUUGGAUACAAAUAUUAAAGUUGUUGAAGCAUUACAAGGUCGUUGA